AUGCCGCCACCGACGCAAUCUGGCUCGAAAUCUACCUCGCUAGCAGCGCAAGCUGAUAAUACGAAAGUGCCAACGUUGUCUGACUCAGAACUUACUUCUAAUGUGUCAAAACGCAGCAAAAGAAGAAAAGAAGAAAUUGGAGAAUCAGAAAUGUUAGCAUUCAAAUCAGAAAUUUUAUGUAUGUUUGGGGAGUUUGAAAAGAAACAGCAACAAUAUUUUCUGUCUUUGCAGUCGCUAAUAGAACAAAUUAAAGAACAAAAUGCUAAAUUAUAG